GCAUAAUGCCAAAAGCGUGACAACAAGCAGAGUGAAGACGCGACACGUGCGUUGUGUUAAGUUUUCAUCCUCACAAUUACGUUGAAAGUUCGAUAAAAUAAAAAUUUUUCAAACUGUACAGUUGAAUAUACGAUGAAGCGCUUGUCAGAGGAAAGAACGAAGCUUGUCUUCGAAAAGUUAACUAAGUAUAUCGGUGGAAACCUGAAACUUCUAAUAGACCGACCAGACGGCACAUAUUGCUUUCGAGAGCAAAAGGAGAAGGUAUAUUACGUUUCCGAAAAGAUAUUGUCCCUCGCCAGUACUGUCGCACCAGAGAAUCUAAUCAGCUUUGGAACGUGCUUUGGAAGGUUUACCAAGUCGGGUAAAUUCAAGAUGCAUAUUACCGCUCUACACUACCUCGCUCCAUACGCGCAAUAUAAAAUUUGGCUAAAACCUUCCGCCGAGCAGCAGUUUCUCUACGGACACCAUGUCGCGAAAUCUGGUUUGGGCAGGAUAACUGAAAACACUGCACAGUAUCAGGGUGUCGUUGUUUAUUCGAUGAAUGACUUGCCAUUGGGAUUCGGUGUUGCGGCAAAAAGCACCGCUGACUGUAAGCACGCCGACCCAAUUUCGACAAUUUGUUUCCACCAGGCAGAUAUCGGUGAAUACAUACGAUCCGAGGACACCUUGAUAUAAGAAGAAACGAAUUUCAAUGAUACGGGUAUCUAUACAAUGAUGGUGCCGGGGUUUGAGGAACUCCAAAAGAGACGCUGUAAAAUAAUGUAGGAAAUAAACAAAUCACGAUUUUGUAAUAAA